AUGAAUGGAACCAGACGGAGCAACAGACGUCCGGAGAUGGACGUGCGCGACAGGAAAGCCGCCUCGAUCGCCCGCUCUCCUUCCAUGCCACUGCCCCCAGAGCUCACCGACAGAAUCAUCGGCCUCCUCCACCACGACUAUCCGUCUCUCGCAGCAUGCGCGCUCACCGCCACAUCCUGGCUUCCUGCCGCUCGCUAUCACCGCUUCCGACACACCCAUCUCCCAUACUCGAAGCUCGACGCCUUCAAGCACCUGCUGCACGGCGCACCCCAGCUCGGACUGUGCAUCCAGUCGCUGCGCAUCAGCAGCUCCCAUCACAUGUCCAACGUCUGGCAGCACGAUCCGUGCUCUUUUCUCGCCGCCCUUCCCGCCGUCACACAGCUGCAGCUGCACAACGUCAGGGUAGACGGCACCCUCUAUGUCGCGCUGCUUGCCGCGCUGCCGGCCACCGUGCACCUUUCCCUCGUCCGCUGCUCGUUCGCCGAUCUCUCUGACGUCGUCUCGCUCGCGGUCUCCUUCCCUCUCCUAGAAAGUCUUGCGGUGUCCUCGCUCUGGACACCCCAAAGCAGCAAACAUGCUGAUCCGCCUUGCCCGCCCCGCCUCCACACAGUCGCCUUCGACCACAUCGCAUCCUUGCCUGCGGACUUCUUCCACUGGCUCACACAGCCCAACGACCGACGCACCCCGAUCGAGCGGCUCUCCUUCGGUAUAUCGUCUGAACAAGACCUCGGCCCUCUCACGGCACUGCUGUCCGCCUUCGGCGCCGACCUGCAACAUCUGCGCCUCCGUGUCCACAUCGAGACGACGCUUUCGCGCCUCCUGGACAACCCCGCGUCCACGCUCUCCCUCGCGCCCUGCACCGCCCUGCGCACGCUCAGCCUCCAGCUCGACCUCGGCGAGCUGUGCGUCCCCGCGAACCGCAGCCUCCCCGCGAUCCCCGCGCUCCUCGCGCAGCUCCCGCUCCCGCCCGCCGCACCGUUUCUCACGGAUCUCACCCUCGCGCUGCGCGUCGACGACGUCGACACCGCGGACCUCCGCGCGCUCGACUCGGAGUGCGGCGUCCGCGCGCUGUCGCCUGUGCGCUUCCGCGACCUGCGUGCGCUCGACUGGCCCGCGCUCGGGCGCGUCCUCGCGCGCGGGGUGCGGCAGCUCAGCGUGCUGGGCAGGGGCGACCGCGCCGCGCUCGAGGAGUGGGUCGGCGACCGGUGUCCGGAGCUCGCUCAGCGGGGCGUUCUGUCUUUCAUGGAUGCUCCUCUGGAGGGGCCUUAGUCGGGGUACGUCACAGAACCUCCUGACAGCGGCCGUUCUGCCGAAGCCAGUUGAACGUCUUACGGGAUGGCAAUGCCGGAUUAUGUGGCAGGGGUGCAAUGCAGAGCCAUUUUUACCUGCGCAA